CAGGUCGAUCGAUGUUAUUGAUCGGAUUGAUUAUAGGAGAUCAUUAUAAAUUAAUUUCAACUAAAACAUUAAAAAGAUUAUCGAUUUCGAUUUUUGAAAACCUAACUAACUCAUCUAAACUGUUAUCAACCCAGAUCAUAAGUUUAGAAUUAUGUAAUAGUAAAUCAUUUGAGAUUAUACAACAUUAUAUUGAUGCGAUUGAAUUGGUUAGGAUCUUGUUUGGAUUAGCAACCAGGAAAGGCGAAUUAGAAAGGUUAGGUAGAUUAGCUUGUUUGAAUGUGGGGAUCAUCAAUCCUCCAUUGUUUAUUACUACUUUGUCGUAUGAUUUAGUUACUAGUGAUGAUCCCGAAGAUAGGAUUGCUACUAUGAAAUUGGUGAUCUUUAUGUUAAGAAAAAAACCAUUAGUAUUAUAUACAUCUUUACCUAGAUUAGUAGAAGCAGUAGUGAAAUCAUUAGAUCCAACUUACCAAAACGAAAUGAGACAACAAACUCAAUCAGUCGCCACGAUAAUCUUACACGAAUUAGUGAAAACUUAUCCAUCUAUUUCCUUUCAUCAUGAAACCCAAAGAUUAGUAGUAGGUACAGAAGAAGGAGCUUGUAUACUCUAUGAUUUAAAGACUGGACGUAGAUUAGAAGUUUUAGAAUCGUUUAAGAAACCGGUGAUCGCUACUAGUUUUUCACCUGAUGGUCAUCGAUUAGUUACUUGUGGAUUAGAAGAAGGUAGGGUUGAAGUUUGGAAAGUGGGAAGUGGGAUCUUAAGUUAUUUUUUACCUAGUGUGAUUUUGAAUGGGAAUGGGAAUGGAAUGUUUGGAAAUAGUUCAAUCGGUAGUAGUAGUGGUAGUGGUAUUGGGAAUGGAAGUGGGAAUGGGAAUGAAAGUAAUGGGUUUAAACCAUUUAAAGUCUUUCCAUUUAAUGUUGGUGAAGAAGGUAUGAUGAGUCGUGGAGCGAUUUUAGAAUGGGUUGUGAUUGAAUGGGUCACUAAUAGAUCAUGUAGAUUAAGAAUUAGAGAAAGCUCAUUGACAUUUGCUUGUUAGAGAAAACUUUUGAUGAAAAGAAAAAGAUGUCGUAGUCUCACUUUAUCAAGAAUUUCUUUGGAAACACUUUUGCUCUAUUCCACCAAGAU